AUGAGUGAUGGUGAAUAUGAGAGGGAUAGAGAAGGUCCAUUGCCUUAUCCUCAAUACAACCAACCACCACCUCCCCCAUCACGUUAUAAUCACCACCAGAACCACCACAACAAUCACCACCACAACAAUAAUCAAAGAAGAGUAGAUAAUAUGGGAUUAGAAUUAGGUUCGGCAGAUGAUAUGACAGAUCAAGAAGAAAUUAGAUAUGAAGUUACUGAAGAACCACAAUAUCAUGUUACAAGAGCUAUAUUUUUAGGAAAUUUACGUCGUCCAAUAAAUGCUGGUCAUUUUCAACAACAUUUACGAAAAUUAGUAGCUGAAAAUAAAGAAAUUGAUAUACAUAUAGAUAGAGCAUGGCUUAAUAGACCAAGAACUCAUGGGAUUGUAUUGGUGAAUAGUGAAGAAGGAGCAGAAUAUUUAAGAUCACGAUUAUCUGGUUCAAUAUAUCCACCACAGGAAGAAGAUGAAAAAUUAAAAGAAGAAUUUGAAAAUAGAGAAAUAGAAAGAUUUGAAGAACAACAAAGACAUUAUAAAGAUGAAUUGGAAAGACUCGGUGAAGAAGAAGGUAGAAAUAUAGAAUCACCACCGGAACCAAGAGAAUUUUUGGUGGAAAGAAUUCCAUUAUAUGCUGAUUAUAUACCUGUAAAAGCCAUAAAUCAAUGGACUUUUGAAGAAGAUAAAGGGCCAAGAGAUGGGAAAUGGAAAUUAGAAUUUGUUACAAGAGGUGAUGAAUUAAUUGCUUCACAUACUUUAUUAAAUGGAGAAUUUAUUCCAAGAUACCAACCACCAACAAGAAAUUUUAGAAGAGGUGGUGGAUACAAUAAUAGAUAUAUUGGUAGAGGAGGAUAUAACGGUGGUUAUAAUAAUCACCAUGCUGGUUAUAAUGGUGGAGGAGGCACUGAUACAUAUGUACCGGGACAAAGUGGUCGAGAAUCAAAAGAAUCAAGAGAACCAAGAGGGGAUUAUAGAGAAUCUAGAUCUACAGAUUCAUAUGUACCAUCAAGAAGAGAUAGAGAAAGAUCUCCAAGUAGAUAA